AUGGAGGCUGGUCGGCGGGAUCAAGAUGGCGGCGGACGAGGGACGCGGUCGAGGAGUCCGGCUUCUUUUCCGGCCCAGCCGGAAGUGACGUCUGAGCGCGCCCGGCGCGCGGGAAGAGUGACGUCGGCAGAGGCGCCGCGGGGCGCGUACGUGACGUCAGUGCGCCGGAACGCACUGACGUCGCAGGCCCCGCCAUCUUGGAACCGGGCAAACCGGUCCGGAGAGCCGGGCAGCCGGGAGCCUGGCCUGGAAAGUGCCCGGGCGGCAUGGAGGGACGGCGGCCGGCCGGGCGGUCAGCUCAGGAGCUCGGGGGAUGGCGGCCAUGGCGGUGGUCGGCCAGAAGAAGCGGAGGAUGGCGGCCUGUGGAGAGGCCGGCUGGAGAUGGAUGAAGAAGCGGCAAUGGGAGAGGAAGACAGCGUGGAGGAGCUGGAGGAGCUGCUGGAGGAACAGGUUCCUGGCAACCUUCCUGUGUCCGGUGAGUCAGCCUGCGCAAGCGCAUGGGGUGGUCUGGGAGGUUUUGCGCUUGCUUAGGGCCAUAGUGGCAGGGUUACCAGGGGCUGCGCAAGGGGGGGCAUUAGCUUCUGCGCCAGGGCCCGCGCCUGCAGCUCCAAUGUGCGCUUUUCGCCCCAGCAUACCUGGGUGUGAGUUAUCUCCGCUGGGCAUGCAUGUCCCUAGCGAGACGCGCAAGAAGAUAGUGCGCGGCGAAUUUGUGGAUUUGCUUUCCCUGGUUCCGCCGGACAAGGAUGCCGUAGAUAGGCCGAGACGGGGGGAGCCGGGGGAAGGGGACAAGGGCAAGCAGCUCCCAAGAACUUUUGGGAACUGGUUGCAGGGGUUUGCAGUUUUCGCCAGUGUUUUGUCCAGGCAGUUCCCGGAAAGGGCCCCUUCGUUAUUCGGGUACCUAGAUCUCAUUUGGGGGGCUUACAAAAUAUACGGCGGUCAAUGCUGGUUUCGUUAUGACCAGCAAUUUCGGCAGAAGAUGGCGGUAUGCCCGGGGUUGGACUUCGGGGUGCAGGAUGGCAGCCUUUGGCUGCUGCUCAUGACUCCCAGCCGGCCGGCACCCUUUCAGGGAGCAGCCGGCGGCCCGCCAGGGGCGCCGGCUGGCCCUAAGCGAGGGGUUUGUUGGCUCUUCAAUGAGAGCCAUUGCAGGUGGUAUAGUUCCUGCCGCUUUCGACACGAGUGUUCUCACUGUGGAGGAGCGCAUCCUGCGUCGCGCUGUUUCAAAAAGGGGAAACAGGUGCCUCCCAAAGGUGGGGCCGCGGACGCCGCCCCAAAAGGCCUGGACCCCGGUGAGAGGGGAAAGGAUGGCGCCGUGGCUCGCUCGGUAUCCUAAGCGGCGGGAUGCGUUGCUGUUGGCGGACGGGUUUUCGUCGGGGUUUUGGGUUCCGUUUGUUCCCUCGGCGGAGCCGCGUUUUGCAAAGAACUUGCACUCGAUUCAGGGUAGGGAAGGGAUGUUGCGGGAAAAACUGGACAAAGAGGUAAGUUUGGGGAGGAUGGCAGGGCCGUUUGUCCGUUCGCCAUUUGUGAAUCUUCGGGUGUCGCCGUUGGGUUUGGUCCCCAAAAGGGAGGAGGGAGCUUACCGCAUGAUUCAUCAUUUAUCUUAUCCAGCAGGUGAGUCUGUUAACGACGGCAUUGAUAAGGAGUUCAGCCGCGUCCGUUACGCGUCUUUCGACAGGGCGUUGGAAUUGGUCAGGGAUGCCGGGGUUGGAGCCUGGUUAGCGAAGUCCGACAUUGAAUCGGCCUUCCGCUUGUUACCAGUCCACCCUGAGUGUCAUCACCUGCUCGGUUGCCACUUUGAGGGUAGUUACUACUAUGACAUGUGUCUGCCGAUGGGGUGUGCGAUUUCCUGCUCCUAUUUCGAGUCCUUUGCGUCGUUUUUGGAAUGGGUGGUCAUUCAGGUUUUGGGUUUUGUGUCGGUGACACAUUAUUUGGAUGAUUUUUUUGUUUGUCGGGAAACGGGGGACGGGGGUAUGUGGGGACCUUCUGCGUGUUUUUCGGGAAGUGGCGGCUGAUUUCGGCAUUCCUGUCGCGGAACAGAAGACAGAGGGUCCGGCAGAGGUGCUGUCGUUCCUCGGGGUGGAAAUUGAUUCCGCCAACAUGGUUUUUCGGUUGCCGGAGGACAAGGUCGCAGUGCUCUUGCGUUGGGUUGACCUCGUCAAAGGGGCGAAGAAAGUGCAGUUGCGGCAGAUGCAGGUGCUGCUGGGUCACCUAGCAUUCGCUUGUCGUGUUUUGCCGAUGGGUCGGGCGUUUUGGUGACGGUGGGGAUUCGGGAGCCGUAUCAUUUUAUACGGGUUACGAAGAAGCUUAAGUCGGACUUGCAGGUGUGGAGUUCCUUCCUGGAACGGUACAACGGCCGGUUGUGUUGGUUGCGAGCGGCGGUUGGGAACUCAGUUUUGGAACUUUUCACAGAUGCGUCUGGCUCCCUCGGCUUCGGGGCUUACUUCCGGGGCCGGUGGUGCGCGGAGGCUUGGCCGGACAGCUGGCGGGGUACAGAUCUCAUGCGCAACUUGACCUUCUUGGAGCUCUUCCCGAUUGUCGUUGCGAUGGAGUUAUGGGGUCACGAGUUGCGGGACCGAACUGUUGAUUUUCAUACGGACAACAUGAGUGUUGUCCACGUGAUAAAUCGCGCAACGUCGGCUUCACCGCCGGUGCUGGCAUUGCUUAGGCGCUUGGUCCUGUUGAGUUUGCAGCAUAAUGUGUGGGUUAGGGCGUGUCAUGUGCCGGGUGUGUUGAAUAUUGUGGCUGAUGCGCUUUCUCGGUUCCAGUGGCGGCGUUUCCGAGAGGCGGCACCAGAGGCGGAACAGAUGGGGCAGCCUUGCCCGCAGUCUUUAUGGGAGCUCGAUUCCGAAGAUUGAUGGGGUUGGUGUCGGAGUCGUUGUCAGCAUCCUCGUGGAAGUCCUACCGGGCGGUGUGGUCUAAGUGGCUCGGGUUGGUGCCGGGGGAAGGUAGCCUGUCGUCGGACUCAGGGCGCUUUGAGGUAACCUUACUGUUUUUGGAGCAAUUGUUGGAUGAAGGGCGGUCAUGUGCUGCAGCGGAGAAGGCCCUGUCGGCCCUGUCGUUCUUGUUUAGGUUUCUGGGUUGGAAGGAUAUGACCAGGGAAUUUAGUAUUCAGAGGGCCCUGCGUGGGUGGCGGCGGAAGAGGGUCCCGGAUCAGAGGAGGCCUAUUUCGGUGCAGCUUCUGUGGGAGCUCCUGGCGACGCUGCGGCGGGUGUGUAGUUCGGAGUACGAGGCGUUGUUGUUUGGGGUCGCUUUUUCUUUGUGCUUUUUUGGGGCGUUGCGGGUCGGAGAGGUGGUGGCCGCCAGUCGUCGGGUGGCGCCACCGCUGUUGGUGUCGGAUGUGCGGUGGGCGGUCAAAGGGCUGGACUUUCGGAUCCGUAAGUCCAAGACGGAUCAACGCGGUGAAGGAGCGUGGGUACGUAUUGAUGCAGCAGGAGGGGAGUACUGCCCAGUGCACCUGUUUCGGAGAUUUAUGCAGGUCCGCCCUACGGGCGGGGGUGCGCUGCUGGUGCAUCAGGACGGGUCUCCUAUGACGCGCUAUCAAUUUAGCAAGAUUUUGCGUGAAUCCCUGGUGGCGAGCGGGAGGAGCCCGCAACGGUACUCGGCCCACUCCUUCCGGAUUGGGGCGGCUACACAAGCUAGUGAGAUGGGAUUUUCACCGUCAGCGGUGCAGGAAUUGGGGUGGUGGCGUUCAGGAAGGUUCCAGUUGUAUGUGCGGCCGCACCUCUUAUAGGGCGACUUUCAGGGUGAGUAACAGUUUCUUCCCGUUUAGUUUUUCUGUUUGUUCAUUUCUAGGUUCUCGCCCUCGGUAUGUAUGGAUACUAGGGCAUUCCUACAUCUAUUGGGCAGCGAGGCGGGCGGAGGAGCGUCCAUAUGGCCGCAACCUGGGGUGUUCGUACGACCAAGCACGGGUCCGAUGGAGGGGCAUUCGCGGGUUGUCAUGGAACCAGGUUUACCCAGAGUGCCGUUUUAUGAGCAGGUUGGUUCCCAGUUCGGUGAUCUUGGUCAUUCAUGCAGGGGGGAAUGACCUGGGGCGGGUCCGGAUAGUGGAUCUCAUGCACGACAUGAAGGAGGAUCUUGCCCGGUGCAUGGCAUUGUUUCGGGAUGUCACGUUGGUGUGGUCGGAGGUGGUCCCGAGGCCCUGCUGGCUGCAGUUACCUUAUGCAAACGGGCUGGAGCGCAGCAGGCGGAAGUUGAACAUGGCGGUGUCGAGGUUUGUUCGGCAGCUUGGGGGCAUCGUGGUCCGGCAUGUAGAGUUGGAAGGGGAUAACAGCGCGCUGAUGCGGUCCGAUGGGGUGCACUUAAGCUUGAUUGGUUUGGACAUUUUCAACAUGGGACUGCAAGGUGGGAUUGAGAAAGCGCUGGCGGCGGGGGGCGCGAUGCCGGGGGAGGGCGUAGGAGGCUGGCAUCGCGGUGGCGGAAUACCUGGCCAGCGCAUGGGAAGGCAAGUGCUAAGUCGGAUUGGGGAGUCACAGCAUGCUUGGGCUGAAGGCGGAAGGCAGGCUGCUUUGGACUCUGGUAAAAGGAUGUGAGACCUGUCUGAUGGAUGAAUCACCCCAUCAGCUGACAGUUGGUUUAAUGCUGGUCAAAAAUGUUCAAUAAAGCUGUGGCCGUUGCCCUUAUCCACUAUACAGGUGUUGUGUGUUUAUUGGGCAACGGGAGGUUCGUGGGUCUGCAGUCAAGGUUUCCCUGGACUGAAUAAUGAAGGGAAAGACAUGACUGCUGCCCAGGGAGGGGGGACGGACAUAAAGGGAUACAUAUGUAGCAAUAAGUGACCUAGUACAUAAGGGAAUCUGGGGGUGGGCCCUUGUCACUCAGUAGGUAGGAAGAGAGCUAAAAGGAGCUUUCCCACCCUCCCUCCCUAUAAUGGUUGUGGUUGGUAGUCAAGUGGCGGUGUUGGUGGUGUUUUUCUUUGUGUCUGGUUGUCUCUGUUUUGUUUUUGUCACAGCGGAAUACCUGGCCAGCGCAUGGGAAGGCAAGUGCCAAGUCGGAUUGGGGAGUCACAGCAUGCUUGGGCUGAAGGCGGAAGGCAGGCUGCUUUGGACUCUGGUAAAAGGAUGUGAGACCUGUCUGAUGGAUGAAUCACCCCAUCAGCUGACAGUUGGUUUAAUGCUGGUCAAAAAUGUUCAAUAAAGCUGUGUCCGUUGCCCUUAUCCACUAUACAGGUGUUGUGUGUUUAUUGGGCAACGGGAGGUUCGUGGGUCUGCAGUCAUGACACCAGACCCCUGGUUACCUGUUGCUAGUCCCAGCAUCCACUCAAUUAACCCCUGCAAUCCCUUCUACACUAACCCCCUUAGUACUGCCACCACCAAGACGUUUAAACCCGGGCGUCUUAGGUUACCCCACACACAGGAGAAUUAUAGUAUCACAGUUCUACUUUUACUGAUAAAACAUAUAUAGUUAACCCUUUUGGUAACGUGUUUACCUGAGCUUUCCUCUGGAGAGUGAAGCUCAUAGAGAACAGAGACACAAGCUGAUUAAGUAAACAUUUAAUCUGACAAAAAAAGGAUUCACAGUGCUGAGUACAAAAUACAGAAAUAAAUGACAUACAGAUAACAAAUUGCAAAACAGUACAUAAAAUAAAAUAGGAGAAAACACAAGAAAUUCCUUACAUAUAUUUACCCCAUAUAGAAUUCUUGUGGGAGUCUUAGAUGGUAUAGGUCUCCUAGAAGUUACUGACAAAAGAAAAAUGAAUAACUGACCCUCCCUGGAUAGUCCAACACCCUCAUAUAUCUAAACUAGCUGUUUCUCAGUGGGCAGACACCUGGGGGGGGGAUCAGAGGGGGUUGGUCUGGCAGUCUAUUGCCCACUCUAUGAAAUUCCUUGUGUCCAGCUCUGGUGAUGGCUAUCUAGAUGUUUUAUGGUCUAGGCCUGGUGCAAGAUCAAAGACCACAAUAAAUGUCAUCACAAGGUUUACAAAAAAACAACUCUUAACAUAUAUAAACACACAUCAAACACCAACUCAUGCUUUUGGCAUGACACACACACACAUACAGGCAGACACACACAGACAGACAGACAGACACAUAAAUACACAGACAGGCACACACACACAUACAUUAAAACAGGCAGACACACACACACACACAUAAAAUGUUUAAGUCACCCUCCUGUUUCCUACCUUUAAGGUGCAGGAAGGUGACUUUCCCUAGGGUCCAGUGGUGGGUCAGGUGGAUGGGAGUAAGAGUUCCCACUGUGACUCCCUCUUCAUCCUCCCGCGUGGCUCUCAGUGAUAGCUGGGAGGAGUGAUGUGCGGUCACUUCCUCCCAGCUUAUGAUGUCAUCACAGGGGGCCCAGUCACGCUGUUAAAGCGCCCAGCGCUGACCGGGUCCCCUGACAAUCCACAUCCAUCGGGUGGCCCUGACAGCAUGGACCACCCGAUGGACUCCUUGGACGGCUGUUUGCUGCGUGGGCCGGGGCCACAGAAGAUGAUUGCGGCAGAUAACCGGUCACAGGGGUCCGCAGGGCGGCCGGGCCCCCUGGAGUGGCGGGCCCGGUCGCAGCUGCGACCCCCGCGACUGCGGUAUGUACGCCACUGGCACUAGGGAGCACUGACCAGUCAAUCACUUGUUCACUGACUUAGGGCCAGUCACCAUAUCUAAUGCUGGGAGGGAGCCUAGCAGCCCCUGGUCUGUACUUCCCCAUGGGUGCAGACCAUGAGUAGCUGUCUACCAAGCUCCUGCCAAUCAGAGCAUUGUCAUGGGUUACCACAGCAACACUCUGACACUGUAAGUUAUUAAGACAGUAAUUCCUGGUAUGUAUACAGCUCAGGUGCAGACCAGAGGCUCCCUUUCAAUAGCAUCAUAGCACAUAGGGACUAUGUCCUUCUUGUUGCAAGGAAACAACAGGGAGAGGGUAUGGGUGUUUUUUUGUUUUUUUUUAAAUAAUGAUUGAAUUAAUAAAUUAAUUAAAUAAAACCACUAUCCAACUCCUAUACACACAACACCUUACUAUACACAAUGCACACCACUAUAAACACACUGUAACCUCAUACACACACCACACUUACUAUAUACACACCAUAUCCCCUAUAGACACACUAUACUCCUAUACACACACUAUAAUUCCAUGUGCACACAAACACUUUACCCCAAAAAACAAACUUUACAAACCCCAUACUCCAUCUUCUAAUACACACACAAUGCAACCACUAUACACAUGUAUAUAUAUAUACAUAUAUAUAAAAAAAAGUUCCAAAGAUAGCACUCCAGGGACUUGUAAAAAAUUCACUUUUAUUACCUUCAAUCAAACAUCCAAAGUGUCAACGUUUCAGCCCAAUAACCUCAGACGAUGUCCUGAUGAAAGCCUGAGGUUAUUGGGCUGAAACGUUGACACUUUGGAUGUUUGAUUGAAGGUAAUAAAAGUGAAUUUUUUACAAGUCCCUGGAGUGCUAUCUUUGGAACUUUUUUUUGCAUUUUGGCUGACAAGCACCGGGCAUUAAAUCAUUUAAGAAGGUGGAGUGCAAGAUUUUUUCUAUUUUUUUUUUUUAUACAUAUAUAUAUAUAUAUAUAUAUAUAUAAACAUUGCAGCCCAAGAUACAAACACACACAAAACCCCACAAUCUACAGUCCCUAUACACGCAUUCUACAGCUCCAAAACACACACAAAAUCUCUACAGCACUGAGAAAUGCACACGCGCACACAUUGCAGCCGCUGGCCACACAUAGUACACCACAAAUACACCCCCUUGCACACACGACACCACAAACAGUCCCCCUUUACUAACACACAAUCUACCAGCCCACCAGCUAAGGAAGUGCAAGUGUGUCAUUACAUUUGUUUUGUUUCUUUAUUUUAAUAGGAGGGCAUGCCAAAAAGGGUUUCUCUAUCCAAAAAUAUAUAAACACACUGUUUUUGGUUGGCAUAAUCCCUUAAAAGUGCUAGCUCAGCAGUUUAAAUUGCUUAUAUAAUUUGUAAGAAACUAUCUCUGUUUGUAAGAUUUUCAAGGGUAACAGAUAUUGCUUCUCCCCCUUCUUGCAGGAUAA